AUGAGAAUAACUAAUAAUGUGGAACUGUGGAAUACUCCUGGCCACACUGCUCAGGAUGUUUCUGUGAUGGUCAGCAAAGUGCCGUGCUGUGGCAUUGUAGCGGUUGUAGGUGACCUGUUCUACGACGAGGCUGAUGCCCUUAACAUAUCGUCGGAAUGGUUCAAGGAAGCUUGGAAUCCAGUCGUUGGUAAAACCAGUCGCGAUAAAGUGAUCUGUCAUGCAGACUACAUUAUUCCAGGACACGGAAAGCUAUUCAAAGUUGAUCAACGAAUGAAGGAGAUGGCAAAUUGUUUCCAGGCCCUCAAUUCUCCAGUCGAACUGCCACCUACGACACAGUCCUACACCUUCCCACCAUUCACCUUCACCACGCCACAGAGUUCAACCGCUUCUCAGCAGAUGGCGACCGUAUCUGUACCGGUAACAACACCAUACUCUAUUCCGAAACUUUACGAUUCUGAUAUAUUGGCACCAGUCGUCGAGAAAGCAGCUUUCCAACUGGCAAAGCUACUGCGAGUGGAUCAAGAUGCCGUCUCCAAGAAGGACCCCUAUCCAUUCACCGAUUUCUGGCAGAAUACAAUGCAAAGAAUCGCUAAGGAUAUCAAUGUCAACCACAUCGUAUCCCAAGCUCAUACUGCCUCAAUGAACAAAUUAGGACCAGUUCUAAACCGUCUACGGUCGGCCCGCGAUUCGCUCCUCAGUUACUACCAGUAUUAA